AUGCCAAAAGCCAUGACUCCAGUAUCUGCUGAGCGACAGGCGCGACGACACAACCCCCUGGAAGAAGACCUCACAGCCAUCGGCCCCUUGAAAAACAGACCUGGGAAGAGAAAGUCCAGACAUCAAGAUGAAGGAGAACAAUUCGUGGAUUCGAAAGCCUCGAGAAAGAUCCUGAGAAUUGGACAAGAAUUAGCGGAUGAGGAUGCGGAGGAGAAUCAGGUCCAGAAGCCAAGUACUGCUUUUGACUUUGAGUCGAGAUUUGGCGGUGAAGAAGACGAGGAACCAUUUGAGGAUGCUGAGGCUUGGGGAGAUGAAGAGGAGGUUGAGGAGAUAGAACUGGCUCCGGAUGAUUUGGAGACUUUCAGCAAAUUCUUUCCGACGGAAGAGGAUCCUUUAUUAAGAACAGGUUGGGGUGGAGAGGCGGACGAUGCAGAUGAAGGACCGGGGACUAAUUUGGCGGACCUGAUAUUGGAGAAGAUUGCUGCGCAUGAGGCGGCACAAGCUGCGAAUGGAGGAGUGGCACAGAAUGCGCCUGGACCGAUAGAUGAGGACUUUGAGAUACCUGCGAAGGUUGUGGAGGUGUACUCAAAAAUUGGCCUGAUAUUAUCGCGAUACAAGUCCGGAAAACUACCAAAACCCUUCAAGAUCCUUCCCACCGUUCCUCACUGGGAAGAUAUCCUCGAAAUCACUCAACCUGAAAAAUGGACACCGAACGCAUGCUACGAAGCAACCAAGAUAUUUGUAUCGAGUACGCCGACCACAGCACAACGAUUUAUGGAGAUGGUGAUCCUUGAACGAGUACGAGAAGAAAUACACGAGACGAAAAAGUUGAACGUGCAUCUGUUCUAUGCUUUGAAGAAGGGAUUAUAUAAGCCUGCAGCAUGGUUUAAGGGAUUUCUGUUUCCUUUAGUCGGAAGCGGUACUUGCACACUUCGAGAAGCACACAUCAUUUCCGCGGUCCUCGUACGAGUCUCUGUGCCAGUUCUGCACUCAGCAGCAGCUAUCAAAGGACUUUGCGAUAUUGCAGCCCAGGAAUCGUCCGCGAGAACUGAAGGUGGCGGGGCAACGAAUAUCUUCAUCAGGGCUCUGUUGGAGAAAAAGUACGCGCUGCCAUACCAAGUCAUCGAUGCUCUCGUUUUCCACUUUCUACGAUUUCGAAGUGUGGACCCUGCGAGUGUGAAGCCCGAGGAUAUUGGAGAUGCAACGGGAGGGGUUUCGGGACCAGGAUCGAAGGAGAUUAGAUUACCAGUCAUCUGGCACCAAUGUUUAUUGGCGUUUGCACAAAGAUACAGGAACGAUAUCACCGAAGACCAAAGAGAGGCGUUAUUGGAUCUCUUGUUGACAAAAGGACAUUCCAAAAUCGGUCCAGAGGUUAGGAGAGAACUGUUGGAGGGGAGAGGUAGAGGGGUACCUAUCGAACCGGAACCACCGUCUUUCGGGGGCGAUGAUACCAUGAUGGUAGAUUAA